CUGGAAGUUAUUUGGAACAAGAGAGGGAGAAAAAUAGCUGAUAGAAAAGAUAGAAAGCCAGGGAGAACCAGAAAUUAGUAAUUAGGGUUGAGGGAACACACUAACAAGCAAGCAAAUACUUUGAUGUUGUUUGUUACCUAAAAAAGAAAGUAUAUUUUGGAACUUCAAGAGAAAUCCGGGAGAGAAAUAACAGGAGUCUGAAGGAAUUAAACAACAAAGAAAGGAAAGCCUAUGAAGAAUUCUGUAUCCCACAAAACUGCAAGACCGAUAUUUCAAGUUCAUCUGCCUUUAUGUUUUUUGCACCUUAUGAAGAGUCAUUAACAACCAGAAGAACUGGAGGAAUCCCAUCUGCAAUGUGGAUCAUUUUGUUCGAUGAAUAAAUAAAACAAGAUCUCAUGAACUUCAUCAGAAAGACAAUACAAAAAGCUUUGGAUUCAGGACAAAGUGAAACUCAACUCUAUUCAUAGAAACUCUUCAACUGCCUGUCAGUCACUUUUUCUGUCUCCAUCUCAAUCAAGAAUGUCUGUGUCACGAGGUUGCCUCUGCUGUGUGAAGUACCUCAUGUUCAUUUUCAACCUCAUCUUCUGGUUGGGAGGAUGCGGUUUAUUUGGUGUUGGGGUGUGGCUCGCCUUCACACAGUCAGAGUUUUCAUCUCUACCCCUGUCCUUCCCUUCACUCUCUGCGGCCAACCUACUGCUUGUUGCUGGAGGCGUCACCAUGAUAACAGGGUUCCUCGGAUGCCUUGGUGCCCUGAAAGAGCAGAAGUGUCUGUUGAUGACGUUUUUUGUGAUCCUCUUGUUACUAGUCCUGAUAGAAGUGGCACUGAUUUUGGUUUUGAGUUUGUAUCAUGAAGAGUUGGACAAGAAAGCCAAGGAUGACCUUAGGCAGGGAAUGACAGACUAUCUUAGAAACGAAGGGCUAAAAAAAUCCUGGGACAACAUGCAGAGAAUUUUCAAGUGCUGCGGCGUAAGCAACCACACUGACUGGCACAACAAAACACCCAACGGCAAACCACCUGACUCCUGCUGCAGAGAAAAUACCGAUCGCUGCCAUCACUGGGAAGAGCCGUGCUAUGAGAAGGCCAAAGACUGGCUGCUGGCUAACAUCACCUCAGUGCUUGGGUUUGGAAUUUGCAUUGGAGUCGUUCAGAUUCUUGCUUUGGUGUUCUCCAUGCUGAUGUACUGCCAAAUCCUGCGAGCAGAAAAAUACAUGGACUGACCCUAUCUUCGUCCCAUUGUGCCAGGGGCUCUUUGCAUCACAUUUCUGAAUAUGUAAUAAUUGUUUAUCAAUUGCCUAUUAGAAAGACUGGAUAUGCAUGUGCACAUAAAUUAUGCAAUUGCACUUAGGAAGAGGCUCGGAUGAAUUUAAUACAAGUUAAUUUACCAGGUAAAUGCCUAAAUAAUGACUAUGUGCUUCGAAAAAUAUUAAAUGAAUAUAAAGUGAAUGUAUACCGUAGGUGGAAAAGUAAAUCCUAGUAUUAUUGCACUCUUUAAAUACCCUUAUAACUGCUUGCCGUGAACUUGUGAUCACAAGUUAAUUUCUUUUAAAUGAAAAUCAUUUGAUUUGUUAUACCACACUAAUUGUAUGUAUUAUAUGAAUGUCUGUUAAGGUCACUACAACUAAAUAAGGAUGCAAUGCAAGUAGAUGAUUGAAAUUGUGUAUUUUGGUAUAAAAGUCACAUAAAAAUUCAAAACAUCCAAAUGAUAAAAAAAUAAUAAAUACAUCAGCAUAAAGACCA